UUGCUGGGACACAGCCCGCGGGGUCCCAGCCUGAUAACGCGCCUGGCGCUGCGGAGAGCGCCCCUGCCUGCACCUUGCCAAGUGCACCUGCCGCCUGCACCUGCCGCCCAGCGCGCCGCAGCCCAGUCCCAGCAUGGCCGACAAGGCGCCCUUCGACACGGAUAUCAGCACCCUGACCCGCUUCGUCAUGGAGGAGGGCAGGAAAGCCGGCGGCACGGGCGAGAUGACCCAGCUGCUCAACUCUCUCUGCACCGCCGUCAAAGCCAUCUCCACCGCCGUGCGCAAGGCGGGCAUCGCGCACCUCUACGGCAUUGCUGGCUCUACCAACGUGACGGGGGAUCAAGUCAAGAAGCUGGACGUCCUCUCCAACGACCUGGUGAUGAACAUGCUGAAGUCGUCCUUUGCCACCUGUGUCCUUGUGUCGGAAGAAGACAAAAACGCCAUCAUAGUAGAACCGGAGAAGAGGGGUAAAUACGUGGUCUGUUUUGAUCCCCUUGAUGGAUCUUCCAACAUCGACUGCCUUGUGUCCAUUGGAACCAUCUUUGGCAUCUACAGAAAGAAAUCCACUGAUGAGCCUUCUACAAAGGAUGCCCUGCAGCCUGGCAGGAACCUAGUGGCUGCUGGCUACGCGCUCUAUGGCAGCGCCACCAUGCUGGUCCUCGCCACGGACAGCGGUGUCAACUGCUUCAUGCUGGACCCGGCCAUUGGUGAGUUCAUUUUGGUGGACAAAAAUGUGAAGAUCAAGAAGAAAGGUAACAUCUACAGCCUCAACGAGGGCUACGCCAAGGACUUUGACCCGGCUGUCACCGAGUACAUUCAGAAGAAAAAGUUCCCCCCGGAUAAUUCGUCCCCGUAUGGUGCCCGGUACGUGGGCUCCAUGGUGGCCGAUGUUCACCGCACGCUGGUCUAUGGUGGGAUCUUUCUGUACCCCGCUAACAAGAAGAGCCCCAGUGGAAAGUUGAGACUACUUUAUGAAUGCAACCCGAUGGCCUUCAUCAUGGAGAAGGCUGGGGGAAUGGCCACCACCGGGAAGGAAGCUAUUCUGGACAUCGUGCCCACUGAUAUCCACCAGAGGGCGCCAGUCAUCCUGGGCUCCCCUGACGAUGUGCAGGAGUUCCUGGAGAUCUAUAAGAAGCAUGCUGUCAAGUGAAGAGCCGGCCUCCGCCUGGCCCUAGAGAACUGCCUCUUCUCUGGACCUCUUACCUAACACCGCCUUACCCUGUGCCAACCGGGCGCCUGCAUUUCUAGACAGCAGGUGCAAAAAGCGUGCAUACUUUCACCAUCCAGUGCCGAGUCAUGUUCGGCAUUGCCUAAUCAAAAUGCUAUCUUGAUAAUGCCACUGGUGGAUGAAAGAUGUAUUUUGAGUGGAUGGAGGAGAAAUAAACAUAUUAUUCCUGAAAA